UUUGCUCCUAAAGGUCUUGGGUCUCCUUGUUUAUUUGUGAUUUAUUGUUUUUAUCACCAUGUUAGUUAAGUAGAUAUAGUUGUAAUCCUUCCCCCUGCUACUCCCAACCUGGUGUUACUUCUGGGAAGAUGAGUGAUUUCAUCAUUUAUGUUUUAAUGGUCCACUUAUCAACUGCCCUUACUAAUUCUGCUAGUGUUUAGUAAAGUUCCCUAAGACACUAAAGUAUACGAUCAAGUCAUCUGCAAAUUCAAAGUAGUCUGCCUCUUUCAAUAUUUUUAUAACUUACAGUAUGCCGUGUCUUCUUGUGUGUCACUGGAAAUUUUUAAAGUUCAACAGUCGUAAUAACAGCAGAUGUGUCUAUCUUGUUCCUGAUUUUAAAGGUCUUGGGGUCAGCAGUUUAUGAGCAUUUGCUCUAGGUUUUGGUAAGGGGAUACUGGUUAAAUUUAGGUAGUUUCCAUGUAUUCAUUUUUGCUAGAGUUUUUAUUAGGAAAGUAUGCUGCAUCUUCCUAUUUUUACUGAUUCGUGUACUUGGUUUUACUUCACGUUCACUGGUGAUGGCUCUGUGACCCAGAGUCACCUGUCUUCGUUAUAGCAAACUGUCACUCCCAUGCUCUUGGUGCCCUGUCCUGGGAGCUGUCUGUUCGUGGCUAUGCCCGCUCUUCUUCUUUGUAUCCAUCUUAAACAAACUUUCUCAGACCUUUGUUUUCAGGCUCUUCGUCUCGUAUAAAAAGCGUUCAGUUUGUAAUCCUAUGAGUGUGUCUUUUGAAAGAACCCACCUACUUCACAUUGGCUGGGGAAGUGCCAUAUUGGCUUGUCCUUUCCAUCCCGUUUUAUAUUUCCUGCUAUUCCUUCCCUUACUCUCCCGAGUCUCCUUAUUGCCAAAGAAUAUUGAUAUUCUGCUUUCUGUACCUUGUUAUCUUCCUGUGUCUCGGUUGGUUUUCUGAGCUUUGACACAGAAAGAAUUGUAAUGUCCACCAUGGAUGACACUGCACUUAACACGGGAUUUGGCAUAGAGUGCGAGCAUAAUGAAUACUGGUAUCAUCGCUACCAGCCUCGUGUUGCCAAAGGAAAUGAUGAUCCUGUCACCCUUACAUCUAUGUAGGUCUUGGUGUUUUUCUCGGCCUUUUCUUACUGCGUUUGAGCCUCAUUAGCACCUCAGUAAGCACUACAGGAAGCAUAGUGUGUUUUGUAGAUGAAAAUGUAGAGGCACAAAGACAUUAUGUCUCUUAUCCAAAGACAGUAAAUGCCAGAGAGCAGCAACGCCCAGGUAACCUACAUCUCUGUAAAGCAGAGCUUUCCUUGCUCCUCAGUUCCUGACCUGCGGAUCCCAGGUUUCAUGUAGACAAGGAAUUCCUGCUUUUCUGCAUAUUGAAAUGCCCAGAAGUGUGAAAAUCUCAACACUCAAGCCACAUUCCCCUUUACUGAUUAAAUCCAAAGCUCUGGGGGGACCGGGCAUCAAGAGUUUUAAAAAUUACCCAGGUGAUUCCAGCAUGUAUGCAAGACUGAGAGCCAGUGGCUUUGCUUUUCUUGGCAUGAAGUUAAAAGCGGAAAUGGUCGGUCGGCAUCUCUGUCUGAUCCUUCUUCUGGGGUGAUUCCAGUUAUAUGUGCCAAAGUUGCCCAACAGCACAGAAGUGAUGGUUGCAUUUUGCCAGUGAAAAGACAAUGUUUCUUUUCCUAUCCUUGGUGCUUCUGGGUCUAAGCAGAAAAGGAAAUGAAAUCUCACCACAGCGUGAGUCAUAAGGGCUCCUUGUGCUUCCCCAAGGCAGGUGUUAUUUUUGUGCUUCAAGUGAAUUCCUAAGGCAAGGGCCUUGCAGUGGGUGUGUCCUGCUGCCCUGUGGUCUCUGACCUAUAACAGCACAUUCCCUCUGCGGCUGGCCUAGAAGAGCAGAGAUGGGGCAGCCCAGAAGGACCCAGCACAGGGGAACGAGGGCUGGGGAGCCAGAGCCACUUCGUGUGAAAUGGUCCCAUCUCAGGUUGCCCUGGGUGAACCUCGACUGGCUCAUCGACAUCUCCUGCCAGAUCACGGAGCUCGAUCUCUCUGCCAACUGCCUGGCCUCCCUCCCCUCCGUCAUCCCCUGGGGCCUCAUCAACCUCCGGAAGCUGAACCUCUCAGACAACCACCUGGGAGAGCUGCCCGGCGUGCAGUCAUCGGACGAAAUCAUCUGCUCCAGGCUCCUGGAAAUUGACAUCUCCAGCAACAAGUUGUCCCACCUCCCACCUGGAUUCUUACACCUUUCCAAACUUCAAAAACUGACAGCAUCUAAAAAUUAUUUAGAAAAACUGUUCGAAGAAGAAAGUGCCACCAACUGGAUUGGUCUGCGGAAACUACAGGAACUUGAUGUGUCUGACAAUAAACUGACAGAACUUCCCGCCCUUUUCCUGCAUUCUUUCAAGUCGCUCAGUUGUCUGAAUGUCUCCAGAAACAAUCUGAAGGUGUUUCCAGACCCCUGGGCCUGCCCUUUGAAAUGUUGUAAAGCAUCCAAAAAUGCCCUGGAAUCUCUGCCAGACAAAAUGUCCAUCUUCUGGAAAAAUCACCUUAAAGAUGUGGAUUUUUCAGAAAAUGCCCUGAAAGAAGUUCCCUUGGGGCUUUUUCAGCUUGAUGCCCUCAUGUUCUUGAGGGUCCAGGGAAACCAGCUGGUGGCCCUGCCUCCUCAGGAGAAGUGGACCUGCAGACAGCUCAAAACCCUGGACCUCUCCAGAAACCAAUUUGGCAAGACUGAGGAUGGACUUAAAACAAAGCGCAUUUCCUUUUUCACCACCAGAGGCCGCCAGCGUUCGGGGACCGAGGCAGGGUGUGUGCUGGAAUUCCCCGCCUUCCUGAGUGAGUCUCUAGAGGUCCUGUGUCUGAACGACAACCACCUGGACACAGUCCCGCCCUCUGUUUGCCUGCUGAAGAGCUUAUCAGAGCUCUACUUGGGAAACAACCCUGGCCUCCGAGAGCUCCCUCCUGAGUUGGGGCAGCUGGGUAACCUCUGGCAACUGGACGUGGAAGACCUGAACAUCACCAACGUGCCUGUGGAGAUCAGGAAGGAAGGCCCCAAAGCCAUGCUGUCCUUCCUGCGUGCCCAGCUGCGGAAAGCGGAGAAGUGCAAGCUCAUGAAGAUGAUUGUCGUGGGCCCCCCGCGCCAGGGCAAGUCCACCCUCCUGGAGAUCUUGCAGACGGGCAGGGCCCCCCAGGCGGCGCACAGCGAGGCCACCAUCAGGACGACCAAGUGGGAGCUCCAGAGGCCGGCGGGCUCCAAAGCCAAGGUUGAGUCUGUGGAAUUCAACGUGUGGGACAUCGGGGGCCCAGCCAGCAUGGCCACUGUCAACCAGUGCUUCUUCACGGACAAGGCCCUGUACGUGGUGGUCUGGAACCUGGCACUGGGGGAGGAGGCCGUGGCCAGCCUGCAGUUCUGGCUGCUCAACAUUGAGGCCAAGGCCCCCAAUGCUGUGGUGCUGGUGGUCGGAACACACCUGGACUUGAUUGAAACCAAAUUCCGAGUGGAGAGGAUUGCGACUCUGCGUGCCUAUGUGCUGGCGCUGUGCCGCUCACCCUCGGGGUCCAGAGCCACUGGCUUCCCGGACAUCACUUUCAAACACUUACACGAGAUCUCCUGCAAGAGCCUGGAAGGCCAGGAGGGGCUGCGGCAGCUGAUCUUCCACGUCACGUGCAACAUGAAGGACGUAGGCAGCACCAUCGGCUGCCAGCGGCUUGCGGGGAGGCUGAUCCCCAGGAGCUACCUGAGCCUGCAGGAGGCUGUGCUGGCGGAGCAGCAGCGCCGCAGCCAGGGAGACAACGUGCAAUACCUGACGGACAGGCAGCUGGAGCAGCUGGUGGGGCAGACGCCCGACAACGACAUCAAAGACUACGAGGACCUGCAGUCCGCCAUCAACUUCCUCAUAGAAACAGGCACGCUCCUGCACUUCCCCGACACCAGCCACGGCCUGCGGAACCUCUACUUCCUCGACCCCAUCUGGCUGUCCGAGUGUCUGCAGAGGAUCUUCAACAUCAAGGGCUCCCGCUCAGUGGCCAAGAACGGCGUGAUCCGCGCAGAGGACCUCAGGAUGCUGCUGGUGGGGACGGGUUUCACGCAGCAGACUGAGGAGCAGUACUUUCAGUUCCUGGCCAAGUUCGAGAUCGCUCUGCCCGUGGCGAAUGACAGCUACCUCCUGCCACACCUCCUUCCAUCCAAGCCUGGCCUGGACACUCAUGGCAUGCGGCACCCUACAGCCAACACCAUCCAGCGCGUGUUUAAAAUGAGCUUCGUGCCCGUCGGCUUCUGGCAAAGGUUCAUAGCACGGAUGCUGAUCAGCUUGGCCGAAAUGGAUCUGCAGCUUUUUGAAAACAAGAAGAAUACUAAAAGCAGAAACAGGAAAGUCACCAUUUACAGUUUUACAGGAAACCAGAGAAAUCGCUGUAGCACAUUCAGAGUGAAAAGAAAUCAGACCAUCUAUUGGCAGGAAGGGCUCCUGGUCACUUUCGAUGGGGGCUACCUCAGUGUGGAAUCUUCUGACGUGAACUGGAAAAAGAAAAAGAGUGGAGGGAUUAAAAUCGUCUGCCAGUCAGAAAUGAGGGACUUCUCAGCAAUGGCAUUUAUCACAGAUCACGUGAAUUCUUUGAUUGAUCAGUGGUUUCCUGCCCUGACAGCCACCGAAAGUGAUGGGACCCCACUCAUGGAGCAGUACGUGCCCUGCCCUGUCUGUGAGACAUCUUGGGUCCAGCAUGCUGACCCCAGUGAGAAGGCAGAGGGUGUGCAGUACUUUGACAUGGAAGACUGUGUGCUGACAGCCAUCGAGCGUGACUUUAUCUCCUGCCCCAGACACCCGGACCACCCAGUGCCACUCCAGGAGCUGGUCCCCGAGCUGUUCAUGACCGACUUCCCUGCCAGGCUUUUCCUGGAGAACAGCAAGCUGGAGCACAGUGAGGACGAGAGCAGCAUCCUGGGCCAAGGUGGCAGCGGCACCGUCAUCUACCGUGCCCGGUACCAGGGCCAGCCCGUGGCUGUGAAGCGAUUCCACAUCAAGAAAUUCAAGAAUUUCGCUAAUGCACCAGCAGACACCAUGCUGAGGCACCUGCGCGCCACGGAUGCAAUGAAGAACUUCUCAGAGUUCCGGCAGGAGGCCAGCAUGCUGCAUGCCCUGCAGCACCCGUGCAUCGUGGCGCUCGUGGGCAUCAGCAUUCACCCACUCUGCUUCGCCCUGGAGCUUGCCCCACUCAGCAGCCUCAACACUGUGCUGUCUGAAAAUGCCAAAGAUUCUUCCUUCAUGCCUCUGGGACACAUGCUAACUCAAAAAAUAGCCUACCAAAUUGCAUCAGGCUUGGCCUACCUGCACAAGAAGAACAUCAUCUUCUGUGACCUGAAGUCAGACAACAUUCUGGUGUGGUCGCUGGAUGUCAAGGAGCACAUCAACAUCAAGCUGUCAGACUACGGGAUCUCACGACAGUCCUUUCAUGAGGGCGCCCUGGGUGUGGAGGGCACCCCUGGCUACCAGGCCCCAGAGAUCAGGCCUCGCAUCGUGUAUGAUGAGAAGGUAGAUAUGUUCUCCUACGGAAUGGUGCUCUACGAGUUGCUGUCAGGACAGCGCCCUGCGCUGGGCCACCACCAGCUUCAGAUCGCCAAGAAGCUGUCCAAAGGGAUCCGCCCCAUCCUGGGUCAGCCAGAGGAGGUGCAGUUCCAUCGACUGCAGGCCCUCAUGAUGGAGUGCUGGGACACAAAGCCGGAGAAGCGUCCUCUAGCCCUGUCCGUGGUGAGCCAGAUGAAGGACCCAACCUUUGCCACCUUCAUGUACAUGCUGCCCUGUGGGAAGCAGACGGCCUUCUUCUCCUCCCAGGGCCAAGAGUACACUGUGGUGUUUUGGGAUGGGAAAGAGGAAUCCAGGAAUUACACCGUGGUGAACACAGAAAAGGGACUUGUGGAAGUACAGAAGAUGACGUGUGCCGGCAUGAAGCUGAGCUGCCAGCUCAAGGUCCAGAGCUCACUGUGGACGGCCACCGAGGACCAGAAAAUCUACAUCUACAGCCUCAAGGGCAUGUGCCCCUUGAGUGCCCCGCAGCAGGCCUUGGACACUCCGGCUAUCGUCACCUCCUUCUUGGCGGUGCCUGUUAUUAAAAAGAACUCCUUCCUGGUGCUGGCUGGCCUGGCCGAUGGACUUGUGGCUGUGUUUCCCGUGAUGCGGGGCAUUCCGCGGGACAGCUGCUCCUACCUGUGCUCACACACAGCCAACAGGUCCAAGUUUGGAAUCCCGGAUGAAGAUGCACGGCAGAACCCCUACCCAGUGAAGGCCAUGGAGGUGGUCAACAGCGGGUCAGAGAUCUGGUACAGCAAUGGGCCGGGCCUCCUCAUCAUCGACUGCACUACCCUGGACAUCAGCAGGCGGCUGGAGCCCUUUGCUGCCCCCUCGGUGAUCACAUCAGUCGUGUGCAGCUCAGACUGCAGGGGCGAGGAAGUCGUCUGGUGCCUGGAUGACAAGACCAACUCCUUGGUGAUGUACCAUUCAGCCACCUACCAGCUGUGCGCCCGGUACUUCUGUGGCGACCCCAGCCCCCUCAGGGACCUGUUCCCGGUGCAGCCCUCAGAUCCAGAACCCCUGGACAGUCAUACAGCCAGCCCAAAGGCGCCUGAGGGAGACUGCAUCGCAGACGUGAGCAUCAUGUACAGCGAGGAGCUGGGCACACAGAUUCUGAACCAUCAGGACUCGCUGACCGACUACUGCUCCAUGUCCUCCUACUCCUCAUCCCCACCCCACCGGGCCACCAGGUGCCCUUCCAGCCUGUUCAGCUCCCCAGCCAGCUGUUCGAGCAUGCCUUUCUCCACAGACUGCGAGGACUCCGAGCGGCUUCAGGAGCCCAGCGCUGCCUCAGACAGGUCUGAGCAUGACCUGAGCCCCAUGGACGGGGAGACCUUCAGCCAGCACCUGCAGGCCGUGAAGGUCCUCGCCGUCAGAGACCUCAUUUGGGUCCCCAGGCACGGGGGAGACGUUAUUGUCAUCGGCCUGGAGAAGGAUUCGGGUACCCAGCGGGGCCGAGUCAUCGCUGUCUUAAAAGCCCGAGAACUGACUCCACAUGGGGUGCUGGUGGACGCAGCUGUGGUGGCAAAGGACACAGUAGUAUGUGGCUUUGAAAACGAAAACUCAGAAUGGUGCCUGGCUGUCUGGAGGGGCUGGGGCGCCAGGGAGUUUGACAUUUUCUACCAGUCCUAUGAAGAGCUGUGCCGACUGGAGGCUUGCACGCGCAAAAGGAGGUAAUCUCUGUGGAAGAAGUACAGUGUGACCAGCCUGCGGCAGUGCCCAGGCCCCAGAAGACUGACCCUAACCCUAUGCUGCUAAGAAGUGCUAAGAAGCUGCCUGCCUGGCGGGGUUGAGAGUUCUCAGGUUCUGCAGGGCAGUUACCUGGAUACCCGCCCCCUUCCGCCACCCUAUGCUGGUUUUACAGCCCAAGGGAACAUGGUGGGGUCUGCAGAGGCACCUCCUACCCUUCCAUUGCCUCUAAGAGCCAGGGAGAGGAAUCCCAUUCUGGGCUGGGUCCCACAAAAGGAGGCAGGUCCUCCCCUGCAUAAUGGACCCGCCCGGUUUUCAGCCCCAGGUCUCAGAUGGAAUUACACUAGAGACUCUCAGUUGAGGAGCAGUUCAGGCAGGGCAGGAGGAAGGCUGUGACCCCUGCCCCUUGCCCCCAACACCCCAGUCUCAGCUCAUUUCACAAGCUCCACAGUCCCCAGAGCAUGGGGCCCAGCUCGGGUAAGCCGGGAUCAGGUAUCUCCCGCUCAGCGAAGCUUCUGUGUGGGAAACCCCCUUAAGGACACUGGGCAAUGAAUGAGUUUCUUUAAGUGCCACAGCCAGAAAGCCCACUGGCCUUUAUGCUCUUCUCUCACCAACAAAAGGAAGGGGAAAUCCCAUCCAGGGGACCGGAGAAAGGGCCUUGUGUUUAUAGCUUUGUAAAAUAAACUUGGGCACAGCUGGAGCACAAACCCUGUUUGUUUGCACAUCGUAAUCUUGUUUAUCACUUUAACAAAUUAAGUAAUAUCUCAGUGAUGAGGCUGCUGGUUGUGAAAUCGCGUUGUACGGGACUUAUAUACCUAAUUAUGUAUUUGCUAAACACAUACUGUACACACGGACGGCAGACUGUGCAAAGUGAAGUUGUUCCCACGCACGCGUGCCCACAGAGCCGGUCUUUGCCAACAGUGAUCAUUUAAGGCUGCUUGAUGUAGGACGGGGAGCUUGAAGGUAAGAGCAAACUCGGCCUCAAGCUCUUGAGCCUUUGCUAAAGUUAAAUUAUAAAAAUCCAACUUGAGAUUUGCCGGGCGUGCAGGCAGAUGUGACUCCUUUCAUCUGAAAAUAAACAGAUUCACAAGAAA